GAAAAAGAAAACAUAUUCAGCGUUUUUCAUCUGGCAGCCUCAGACCAUGAUGAAAAUAUUGUGGAAAUGGCUUUUGAAACAACAAAAGAAAUCAUAUCUCAGAUAUAUCAGAAGCACUUCAUUACUGUGAUAGACUCCUUCCAAGACUCAGUCAAGUGUCUGAGUGAGUUCGCAUGUAAUGCUGGCUUCCCAGACACUAGCAUGGAGGCCAUUUCCUUGAUUAGAGACUGUGCAAAAUAUGUGGAUGAGAAACCACAGAUGUUCCAAGAACAUAAUUUAGAAGAUGUGACAGUCUGUGCUGAGGAUAGAGUUUGGGUUAGAGGCUGGUUCCCCAUUCUGUUUGAGCUGUCAUGCAUUAUCACACGAUGCAAACUUGAUGUUAGAACUCGUGCUCUGACAGUGCUAUUCGAG